AUGUGGACUAAAAAAUUAAGAAUGAAUGAUUUAUAUGGAAAGUUUUUAGUCGAAGAAGCAGCAUCAGAAAUCAAAAAAGUAUUUAAACCUAAUAAUUUAUCACCGAUUUUCCAAGAUGAUCAAGAUAGAAAGCACAGAACAACGACUAUUAAAGAAACUGUUGAUUCUUUAUUUGAUGAACGUAUUGAACCCAAAAUAGAUGAUGCAAAUUUAGCUGAUAUUUGGCUCAUAGAGAACGUUUGGAGAACAAUCAAAGAAAAACUUCGAAGACAACAAUUUGAUAAUGAAUCAGAAUUAGAAAAAGAAGUCGUACAACAAUGGAAAAUAUUCACUUCUGGGAAAUGUCAUGAUAUGAUGGAACGAAUACCACAUCGACUGAAGUUAUUGAUAGAUAAAAAUGGUGCACAAAUACAUAGUCAUUGA